AUGCCUUCCACUCGCACGCUCUUCUGGACCCCGACCGCGCAGGACAUCGACGACGCGCCCGACACAAAGUUCCGCCAAUGGGUCAACCGGCGGCACAACCUCAAGUUGCGCAACUACGACGAGCUCCACGCGUGGUCCAUCAGCGCACUCGACGCAUUCUGGACAGCCGUGUACGACUACUGCGGCGUCAUCGGCGAGAGGACUGAUCCCAACACGUUCUUCGAUGCGUCAAAGCCUAUGGAGACCAUCAACCGGCAGCUCAUCCGCGCCAACAUGAACUACGCCGAGAACAUGCUCCUCGGCCACGCUAACGCCCGCUCGAACAAGCGAGCCGUCCUCGCAUUCGUCGAGCCCAAGUCGAUGUCGUCGACCGACCUCGACGACUGCCUCAUGCGGUCUCUCACCUUUGAAGAGCUGUACCAGCAAGUCCGCUUCGUCGCCCACACGCUGCGCACCAAGUUCGACAUCAAACCCGGAGACCGCGUCGCGACUUUCUCCCCCUCGAACGCCGAAGCCGUCGUCCUUUGCCUCGCGACUCUCGCCGUCGGAGGCGUCUGGUCGUCCUGCCCGAGCGAGUUUGGCGUUACGGCCGUCCUCGAGCGUCUCGAGCAGAUCGAGCCAAAGGUUCUCCUCACGGCCGACUUCUACAAGUACAACGGCAAGAACUUCGCCGUCUACCCGAAACUCGAGGAGAUCCUCGCCAAGCUUCCGAGCGUCAAGAACGUCGUUGUGGUCGGCCAGCUCAGCCACGACCGCGAGCCGCAGGUCGAGUUUCCCGCCGACAAGCAGGGCAAGACGUGGAUGUCGUGGAACGAGAUGGUCAAGCUUGGCAAGGACGCGCCGGCGGAGAUCCAGUUCGAGCGGGUUAGCGCGAUGGACCCCGUGUGGAUCUUGUACUCUUCGGGAACGACCGGAAAGCCCAAAGCCAUCGUGCACAGCGUCGGCGGCAUGGUCUUGGGGCAGAAGAUGGUCCAGAAUCUGCACAACGCUACGACGUCGGAGGACACGCAGUUGACGUUCACGACGCUCGGCUGGAUGAUGUGGAACCACAUGCUCUCCGUUCUCGGCUGCGGCGCUUGCAUGGCCGCCUUCGACGGUUCUCCUUUCUCCCCUUCCUCGUCGACCAUCUGGGCUCUCGCCGAAAAGCACAAGAUCACGAUCCUCGGCCUCUCGCCCCGCUACCUCCAGACGCUCGAGACGAACGGGUACAUCCCGAACAAGGAGUACGACUUGAGGCAUGUCAAGCAGGUGCAGACGGCGGGGAGUGUGCUUAAGCCGGAGCUGUAUGACUGGAUGCGCCUGAACAUCCACAAGGACGUCUGGGUCAACAACGGAACUGGCGGUACCGACAUCUGCUCGCUCUUCAUCGGCGCCGUCCGCAGCAAGCCGAUCUACCACGGCGAGCUGACCUGCAUGGCGCUGGGCAUGGAUUUGCAAGCUUGGGACGAGGACGGCAACCCCGUCAUCGACGGCCAGGGCGACAUGGUCAUCACCAAGCCUUUCCCCAACAUGCCUAUCGGCUUUUGGGGUCCGGGCGGCGAGAAGCGCUACCACGCCGCCUACUUCGAAGCCUACCCGCAAAAGCAGCCGGCCGUCUGGACACACGGCGAUUGGAUCGAGAUCCACUCGCUCACGAAGGGCGUGCUUGUUCUUGGACGGAGUGACGGGGUUUUGAACCCUGCGGGCGUUCGCUUCGGGUCGGCGGAGAUUUACAAUGUCGUUGAGGAGAUUGAGGAGGUUGAGGAUUGCUUGGCGAUCGGGCAGAAGCUGUUGGACGGCGACGAGCGCUUCAUCCUCUUUGUCAAGCCGAAGCAGACGCCGCUCGGGCAGUCGGUGACGGACAAGAUCAAGCUCGCAAUCCGCACGUCUCUCUCGCCGCGACACGUUCCCGCCAAGAUCAUCGAGCUCGUCAAGAUCCCCUACACGACGAACGGAAAGCGUCUCGAGGUCCCGGCGAAGAAGCUCGUCAACGGGCACGACUAUGCCAAGCUGAACUUGAGCUCGGCCGAGGACCCCGAGUGCCUCAAGGUCUUUGUCGACCACCCCGAGCUGCGACUGGUCGACGUGCCGGAGAAGUCGAAGUUGUAG